UUAGCAACCAUGUCCAAAAAGCAGGGGCAAAGAUGGCAGGCACUUUCUCCGCCUUUCCCUUCGCAUGGGAGGUGGACUCCGGCGCGCUGGUACCCCCAGAAGGCCGCCGACAAGACUGGAGAUUGACUAGCAGUGGAGUGGGGCUCAAUUAUAGCCCAUCAUUGCCUUUCCCACCGCCCUAUGCGCGAGCCACGAUCCAGGAACCGUUGCCACCUGCCUCCCAGAAAGUAUGGCGGGACGAAGUCAUUCCCCGGCUGGCUACCACUGCACAACUUGCCCACUGCAUGAAAAUUCACAGGGAACUUCUAGCUCAACCCCGAUACACUGUGUCUGCUUUGCAUCCAAGUGUCCACUACAAUAAAGAAUUGAGAGAGAAGCUGAAACUUAGAGCAUGGAGGUUCCCCUUGACUAUGGAAAACCAGAAGAGUGAGAUCCAAGCAAAUUUUCGUGGUUGGCCCAAUCUGCCACACGACCCCACCUUUCAUGCUGGGCCUCAGCCAUUUAGACUGGCAGCUCAUCAUGCAGAUGGAGCAUCCAAGUCGGUGGUAGCCACUACGCAGAACAAUGACCUGGCUGGAAGACCUUUCUACAUCUGUGACAAGGCAGUGCUGCAGCUUAAUGAACCCUACUUAUCUACCACUGCCCAGGACUUUCGAAGCUUCACACAGUUAGUGGAACAUCUGUGGAAAGAACUUCAAGGGUAUACUCAGAAGAAAAUUCCCAAUUUGGAUCCUUACCCUCUGAUUCGUGUUCCUGGGCCUAUGCGGGAUCUCCAGAUGUUUCCAAAGGCUACCCAAGUGCCCCACCUGAUCCUGAACCCAGCUGUACCUCACCGAGGUUUAUUCAGCCUGGCCCAAAAAACCUACCAACUUCCCAAUGACCACAAGCGUACCUGGGAUCGUUUCUGCCCUGUGGAGCAGCCACCCACAGUUUCCUGCCGGGUGCCUGUGGUACAAAUCAUGUGUGUGCCACACAUGUAUGAGACGGAGUAUAAAUGCUAUGGAAGUGGCAAACCUAUGCCAGUGUGAGAUGGACAGAGAUUUGCACUCACUCAUGAUUCCCUUUCUCCUACUUCAUCCAAAAAGGAAAAAAAAAAUAUUUUACCAUGUUUACCUUUUGAUCACUUUGUUGAAAUAACAAAAACAAAAACUCUAGAUGCAUUCUAAAGGAACGUUUUGACUUAUAUUUUACCAUAUUGUCUUAACAUUUUAGCCUCAGAAAGCUAUGAUCAAACUAGAUCAAACAUAAAAGUUGCCAUGCUUGUGCGCUCACUUGAAGAAUAUUAAGCCCACACAAGUAAGCAAACCAGUUCAGGAUUAAUGUGCAAGAGUUAAUGAGCAAGAAUACUGUAUAUAAAGGAAGGGGAUUUCUGGAGUGAGAUAUAUAUGCCCUUCUUGGCUUCUUAUAGAUUAAUCUCACUCCAUACAUAACAUGACUUCCGUGGGGAUACUUAAAAUCUGGUUCCAAAGUUCUAAUGGCCAGGUCAUCAACUGCAUUUUGAGUGUUCAGAAACUGACCUACAUCUACAGCUAUACAUCUGCAGUGUACUGCAGUCAUAUGAACAUGUGAUGUUUUUCUAAAAAAUGCCCCGUUGUUUGCUUUAUGACCAUUGUGCUUAACAAUUGCAAUAAAAAGGUCAUAAAAUUGAUCAAUUAUAUGGGUGCCCAUUUUAUGAUUCUUACAACUUACUUAGUGGGCCAGCUCCAUUAUGAUCAUAAGUCAAGGACUAUUGUACAAUGAUAUUGAAUUCCAAAACAAAAAGUCAUAAGGGAGUAGCAAAUAAGUAGCAUUUUGCUAGGCCUAGAUAAUACUUCAGGAUCAAUAGCCAAAGAGAUUUGCUUGUUAUUCACAAAACAAGCCCCAACAAUACAAGCCCCUGUAUAUUGGCUCUUUGCUAUGUGGUUCACAUAGCAAGUAUAGAUAGAUUUUCACAGUCAGAAAAUAGGUUUGUUAUAUCUUGCCUGCUUCAGACCCCAUUUUGUAUAGAUGAACCAUGAAAUGUAUUGCUGUACUAGAGUUUGUUAAUUUUGGAUUGGUUAUAUAAAAUUCUCAAACAUUUAAAUAAUGUUUAAGCAAACAAUGACUUAAUGCAAUUGUUUGAACCCAAUCUGAAUG